AUGGCGACAAUCACGGACAUACCUCGAGAAUGGAUGGAGACCUCUGGUCAUCGUGUGACGCGGCUAUCCGAUCAGGCAGGAUCCUCAAGCUUAUACUUCAAUUUCAACGCGUAUACUCCAGAAGGUGACUUCGUGGUGAUUACGACACCCGACGGCAUCAGCAAGAUAGAUCUAUCGGAUUACAGAUUAUCGUUAAUCGUCCCAAUACAACAGCCGUUCUCCCUCCUCUUCGUGGGUAAGCGUUAUAGGAGAGCUUACUAUAGGCUCACAGAUCAGAAAUCGUUAUUUUGGGUCGAUGUUGAUACCGGCGUAACACAUUUCAUCGCGCAUGAAGAUCUCGGUGAUAUACAAACAGUCAAUGCAGAUGAGACCUUACUUGCUGGCGUCGAAGUCGAUUCUAGCUUCAAAAGUGAGAUACUGGAACUUUUCACAAAAAGAGAUCCGAAGACCGACCAAUUUGUGUACGAAGCCAAUUGGUCUGACGGCACACCGAUGAGUUAUGCGGAUGCAAAGGAGCUGCGCUUGAGUCAAAGACUCGAUGCCAAAGUACCUAUGAUUUUAUUCGUCAUCGAUAUCGAAAUGGGGACGAGGCGUAAUGUAUAUACCGCUACAGAUUGGUUAAAUCAUCUUUUGUUCUCACCUACUAGUCCCAGCAACUUGAUGUUUUGUCAUGAAGGACCCUGGCAUCAAGUCGAUCGUUUAUGGAUAUUGGACCUAGAUCAGUCUCCCUUGAGGCCGACCAAAUUACAUGAAAGAAAGAUGAAUAUGGAAAUCGCUGGGCACGAAUGGUUCAGCUCUGACGGGAAGACAAUUUGGUACGAUCUGCAAACUCCAAGAGGCGAGGACUUCUGGGUCGCUGGAUACGAGAUUGAAACUGGGAGGAGGGUUCAGUAUCACCUUGCUAGAAACGAAUGGUCGGUCCAUUUCCACUCUUCCCCUGACAACACACAGUUCUGUGGCGAUGGCGGCGAUUCAGAAAUGGUAGCCCAUGCGGAUGAUGGGAAGUAUUUGUACCUCUUUACGCCGAACAGGAUACCCGAUGUUGCCGGGCUGAAAGCGGCUGAUUCUGCAAAUUUGGUCACCCCCGGUUAUUUCACCUCCAAUAAGUUGGUCAACCUUCAAGCUCACGAUUAUCGCAUGGAACCAAAUGCGAAUUUCACACCUGAUGGAAAGCGACUGAUUUUUCGCAGCAACUUACAUGGCGAGCUUCAUGUCUACGCAGUGGAAUUAGAGAAGGGAUCUCUUGAAAGCUAG